AUGGUUCGCUUUCUCCCCAAGAAGUUCCCCGGCAAAGUUGCCGAGCCCAUGAUCCCCUUCUACGCAGCAGGUCUCAUUGUCCUGUGGGCAGUCAACUCGGGCGCCAAUGCCAUGAUGGCCUCGGACGAGUUCAAGAACGACCCCCGAAACCCUAAUGCCAAAGCCGAUUCAAAGCCAGCACAACAUUAA